CUGGCGCAUAUCAAGAUGUACUGUGCUGUUCUUACGAGCACACACACCAUCCGAGCGGACAAAGACAAUGCGCGAACGCCGACCGAAAACAAGAAAUUGAAUCACUUGUCUGGACAGAAGCCAUUUGCAGAUUCAGUCACUCUGGGACCUGUUUGAGAAAAUAUGAUGGACAAGGACUCACAAAAUGAUAUCCUCAUAUGGAGGAGGCAGAAAGGCACCAAAACGUUGUUGAUACGAGUCUGUCUUCUUCACGAAAUGGACCAGAGUAAAUCUUGCCAUUGACACAGGAAAAAAAUGGCUUACAACUGAUGCAGGGAGGCAACCAGAUGGUAACCAUCAGUCACCCUGUUCGGCUUUGCACUUACUGUAGAAGUCCCACCCCUUCCAAAACAUUGCCGUUGCCUUUGCACAUGGCAAUGCACAUCUCAACAAUUCCCACGUUACACUUGCAAAAAAAACUAAACAAAAUGGAAUGGCUGAAUAGUUUUAAGGAAAAGAACAAAGUGGGUAAAAGCUCUCGGUCUGGCCGAGUGGAGCGUUUUAUGUUGCAUGGCUGCACCAGCAUCAUAUUUUCCUUUAGCCUGCCCUUUCCUUUUUGAGAAGGCUGCCGCAGACGAAUUUAUAAAAGUCCCUUGUUGCAAGAUGUGAGGUCAAAGAGGCGUUGGUGGGGACUGUCAUUCAUCGGCACUAAGGAGUUGCUGUGUGUGUUGAGGUCUCUGUGCUUGGUUGUAAUUUUUAGCUCAACUGCAAGUUCAGAAUUCAUGGCUAACUGUGGCCACAGUAAAUGGAAAUGGCAAGGCUUGAGUCGAUGUUUGUAUCAAACAGUCAACUAUGAAUGCAUCUACUUUCUUGAACAGGCAUCCGAUUUGACGUGUUUAUUGAAUCUCUUCCUCCCUGUAGUUAGCGCCUUUAAUUAAGGAACAGAUGGCGUCAGGCUAUGUCGGAUAAAAUGCCAAAUCCCUGUGGCAUUCCACGCUUAACCUGACUUGACAAACUACUAAUUGUCUGCUGACGUUGACAAAGCUGCUGUCACACAUUUGUAUUGUGUAACAAAAUCUUACCUUGGAGUAGUUGUGAUGUAUGUAUCAUUCAGAUGCUGCUCACAUUGAACAGGUCACGCAGAGAAUUUGUUGAGGCCCUCUAAGCAUUAUCUCGUGUCUCAGAAGGAUGAACAUUCCCCAGCGACAAGGUGUUACUUGCGCUGAAAUGGCUUGUUGAGGAGUGGCCGAUGAAGCUGAUGACAACAACGCGUAUCUUGUGUAGUUCUUCCCUGUUUUCAUACGGCGUAAGAUGCAAACAAUUUACUUGCUUUCAAUGUGACAUCUACAUCCAAUAAGGUCUUCAGUAACGCGUCAGGACAUCAGGAAGUGCAUAUGUAUUAUAUCCUUAAUGAACCAUUCAGUCUAAACAAGAUGUGCAAAUUGGAUUGCUGUAGUCAGGAGCUCCAAGAAUAUGUCUACAGGCAUGGUGCCCACAAAACAAAAGCAGCAGGAGUUUAAUGAACACUUAAAAUCUUGCUCACAAAGUUCCAGUUAGUCAGUCCCAGGCGCGUUCUGGGCUUCCUUUCACAUUGUUCGUGUUAUGUUGCCACCUGCUGGUGGUCAAGGCCACCGAAGGACAGCCCAACAUUUUUCCAUCAGAACAAUCAGCUGUCAGCCUACCUAAUUACUCAUUCGGGGUUUGUGAACAAGCUAAUGUGUGUGUGUGUGUGUGUCAAAUGGCUAAACAGAUACAGGAGGAAGAAGAGCAGAUGAUGUGGAGAGCCAGGGAGGAAGAGGAGCACCGCCAAGGUAGACUUUCUAUUGUUUUGCCAUCACGUUGCUUUUUUUACAACCACAGUGGGUGGGCAUGAUGUAUUACUGUUUCAUUGACUUAUAGUUCUUUUUUUGGGGGGGGGGGGGGGGGGUGGAGGCUGCCUUUAUGAAGAUAGUGUUCGCUGUCGUAGAUCUGUGUUUCUUACUGUGGAUGGAAUCGAACUGCAAAUGACGGUUUUUUUUUUCUGCGAAUCCAGCUAUAUUGAAUAAGGUUUGUGGUUUAUGGAAGCGAGGCCGCGGGUGGAGACUUACCCGACCGCUUUAAUCCACCCCUCCUAGGGGUCACCAACGUGGUGCCCACGGGCAUCAGGUAGCCCCGGAGGACGCCAUGAGUAGCCGGCAGGCCUGUCUGACAAAGGUUACCAGCAAUGAGACGUUGCAUUUUUGGUGGUGUUCAAGGGAUGCUUUUGUGAAUGGACACCCUGGCAGAGACCUUUAGAAAUAUGUUGCUCAUUGAUAUUUUAUAUACAGUAAUUAUCGAGAGAAAUGAUUCUGAUAGUGUUUUGAGGCCAGCAGAAAAGGCCUUGUGGUACCAGUAUGGUUUCAGUUUGAUUGUAGAGUGUACAAAAUGAUUUGACAAAAUGAAGAAAUAAGAAUAGUAAUGAAGGCAUUUUACAGAGUUGCUUCGAAAGCAACACCAGCAAAUUUUAUGGAGAGUUCAUGCUCUCUCUGUGUUUCCUUCAAUAAGUUGCAUGUUGACACUGACGGUCCAUUGCUAUUUAUUUUGAACUACCGGUAGCAUGGCAGUACGUUUCCAUUGUAAAAAUAUCUGAAAACAUUUAAUAGCUCAUCAUGAAGUGCUCUGCUCUAAUACCCGCUAACAGCUUCACGCACCCCCCUUGCUUUUGUGUUUGCAUGUUUGGCAUGAAUAAAGGCAGCUCCAGCGGUUCUGCACCGCCAUCACCAAAGCAGCAUGCACUCAACAGACACCAUCCAGGGGAGGCACGGUACUCCCCUACUACCGCCAGGUGGCAGUAUUCUAACACUCCCAACCCUCCAGAUAAGCCUCCUCCACCUCGCUACCCUGGCAGAGGAGGCCACGAGCAUCCCCGUGGGCAACCUAGGAGGGAAUUACAAGAGUCAUUGCAUGCAGACUCUGUUUUCUUUGAACAGAGACCAAAUAAAAGACAAAACACAGCGCCUCUCAAUCGCAGGUCAUCAUUACGUUUGCCUCGAGAGAGAGACUACAGGACUCUCGCCACUUCCAGCAGCAUCGUGGAGGAGCCUGAAUGCUGGGGACAGUAUCGUGACAAUGGUGAUCAAGAGAAGAGGACGGCACGGGACUGGGAGCAGGAAAUGAACCGGCAAGUAGAAAAUGGGACAUGGACGAUGUGCGGCAGUCAGAAUGGAGCCGCUGGAUUAGCGCAGGCCGGAGAACGGCGGUGUAGUCGUAGCGAAUCUGUUCGCAUUCCUGAUCGUCCGAGACACGGCAGCGACUUGUCCAGGACGUGGAGUUACCGAGACGGCGCCGAUAAACGUGUCCACUUCGCAGCCGACGCCGGCAGGUCCGGCGUGCGGCCGGACACGAGCAUGCAGGUGUGGGAGAUGCUCGGCCAAGUCCUCCGAGAGCGGGGUGUUCCUGUGAGCUUGGGAGGAAGCGGGGCACCGCUGAAAAUAGGUCUUCAAAGCCCAGAAAGCCAGGCGCUUCACACGACUGACGUCCCCUACGGUGACUCCCGCCCGCAUCGGACAGCCUUCCAAAGAGCUGCCUCCGCCAGACAUAGUUUCCACGGCGACAUUAGGGAAAGAAGGAGAUUAUCUCACCGGGAGAACAGUGAGCGAGAUUACAAAGGAUCUGAAGACUGUCACCAGAACACUGUGGUGCACUCCGGAGAGCGUUCUCACAUCAGUGGCGUAGGCUGGCAUCUGUCAAACGGGCAGAGGCAAGGCAGUCAAAGAUGGAGGUGCCAAGACGGGGGGAGCGCCACAUGCGAGGACGCGGUGGAGAGGUCUGCUGGCAGGCAUCGGCACGAGACUGUCGACGAGCGCUUCAAUUCGGAGGAGGAGCGAGAGAGGGGAGCAAAGCGGCACCCUCGGAGAAGCCUCAGCGGCUGGCUCAGGGGGAGACGCUUGGCAGCAGGUGCAUCGCUGGCCCUGAAGACGAGGCAGACGAGCCUGGACCUGGGUGACCUGCAGCAGGUCCUACAUGAUGAGGAGCUGGCCUGCAAGCUACAGGAGCAAGAGAACAAGUUGUUGGCGAGGACCUCACAACCCCAGCCGUUUAAUCCUCGCCCCGAGGGAGACUUCCGUGUCGCACAGGUGGCCCAGGAUGAGGAAAUCGCUCGCUAUAUGCAAAAGCAAGAAAUCAAGUCAAAACGUCUGUCGCGAGAGUUAGAAGGACCGGAGUCAUGGCGGGAGCACCGAGCCAUGAUGAGUCAUCACGACCGGAGACAGGCGCGAGACACACAGGCACCAAGAGAGAGGCUGGACUCAGAGGGGCUUCCCUACCCCACUGAGGAAUGCUCUCCAGAGAACCAGCCGCCCAGCCCCAUCGCCAUACUCACACAAUCCCAGCAGGUCAGGAACAUUGUGGAGGAACUGGAUCCAACCUUCCAGGCCAAGAGCCAAGGAGCAGACAUCCUCCAAAUGGACCAAAGCGACAGCCCCGGUCAGUUACUUCCCAACUCGCGCAACUUUCUCGUGGAGCCCACCUUUAUCCCGCCCAUUAAGCGUCAAAAGGACAAGGCUGGAUGCACGAAAGCCAAAGAAAAGAAGGAAAACUGUAAGCAACAAUAAUAACAUUAUAGGUCAAAGUCAACUUUUUUUUGCUUUCUCUUUUACACUAAUUAUGACACGUACUUGUUGUUUCGUAAACAUGAUUAGAACUUCAUCAGCACUUUAGACCAGAAAGGUUGUCAGUCAAUAUAUUCCGCAUUGUUUCUCCAAGCAUUGAAAUGGAAUUGUUCAAGGGAAUACUGCCAUGCAUUCUAGUCUUUUUGUUGUUUUUUUUUUAACUGUAGAUCAUCGCUGCCCAACAAAAAGCAUGUAGGGUUGUAGUGCCUUGAGAUAUGAGUUAACCCUCGGAAGUCAUCACAUUUGCAUCCAUUGAAAUGAAUGUUAAUUCCUCAAUGAAAUGCUCCUCCUUUUGGUGUGCCUGCUUUGGCUACGUGGAGGCAGAAUAAAACAGCCGGAUAUCGUGUUAAGUGAGGCAUAAUUAUGACUUGCACCAGAGUUCCAGGCAGGUCUUACCUCAUCAGCCGCCAAUUACCGGUAUGCUGCAGCCUCAAAAUCAUGUGGGAUUCAUGAAAACGUCUCAACUCUGAGCUGAGUUCAUCAGUUGGCACUCAUAUUUGUCGUCGUAUGGAGAGGAUGUGACUGUGAGUGAGGUUGGAUUAUCUGCCGAGAUGCCGUGUGCUCCUGCGUAAAAGGGGCUCAAGCCUUGCAGUCGAGAUGCUAAGUAGCGUUAGCCUGAAGUUAGCGAAGCCUUUCUUCAGGCGGCAGUUUGGCUGUCUUUGUUUUAAGUUGAGUUUAAGUCACACUAAAGAGCUCAAAAAAUUGUUCACUCUUUGCCAAAGUGAUGCAUUUUGUAAAAGGGGUUGAGUUGAGUUCAUCGCCUCCAUAAAGCGCUCGUAUCUCAUGUCCGUGCUCGCAAGCUGAAGCCAAAAUCGCUUGAUUAAUGGAUGGCUUGUUUCUCAAGCAACUUGUAGAUCAGGUCACUCAUGUCUCAAGGGACAUCCAAACUUUGUGGGGAUAUAUAUAUUUUUUUGUAGCUAAAAAGCACAAAAAUUGUUUUGUCUUGUUAUAUUAAAAACAUGCAACUGCAUGCUUUUUUAAAAUUGUAUUUGUCCCUUGUCUAUUAUUUUAUAAAAUAUUUGAAUACAACAGUACACAUGGUUUUUUUUUCAAUUUGUGGCGGGGGUUAGUUAUCUGUACUCUAUUUUUACCUUCAAUAAAGGAAGUAAAACCUGU